GUGGUGGUAACAGAGCUGGGAGACAGACCUGCAAGGCUGGGCCCUGGUUCUGCAUCAUGAAUGCACGGUCAACAUGGGAUUGGGCCGUAGUGUCCCAGAAGCCUGUACGCUAUGGCGCUUUCCAACAACCACAUCUGCCCGGUCCACAACUGGAUUUAUAACCAGUCCUGUGGGCCAGAUGGACCAAUCUCAUGCUGUACUCUGGAUCACAUUCCCCUCGUCAGUAAGUGUGGCACUCUUCCCCCUGAAAGCUGCUUCUUCAGCCUCAUCUGCAGCCUGGGUUCAUUCAUGGUGAUACUCGUUGGCCUGCUGAGAUAUGCACAUGUCAUUGAGUGCUGUGGGCCAUCCCUCGUCAACACCCUGGGCCUGGCAGCAGGCUGGAUCUGUGCUGCUGGCCUCACCAUGGUUGGCAACUUCCAGGUGGACCAUGCCAAGGUGCUGCAUUACAUUGGCGCAGGCGUGGCCUUCCCCACCAGCAUGCUCUUCCUGUUCCUGCAGUCAGUUCUGACAUACCGCAUGGCAAAGACCCGGAGGCAUUACUGGACCGGCCACUUGCGCAGUGUCCUCACUGCUCUGGCCUUCAUCACCCUUGUCUUCAGUGGCGUGUUCUUCAUCCAGGAGAGCUUUGUGCUCCAGCAUGUGGCUGCCCUCUGCGAGUGGGUGUUCAUCAUAGAUGUCCUGGUCUUCUACGGCACCUUCACCUUUGAGUUUGGGGCCAUCUCCACGGAAACCUUCCUGGUCCUCCUGAAAGCCAGCCGGGCUCCAAAAAGCUACAAAGCUGACAGCAGCACAUCGAGCACACCUCACAUCCACAGCCACUCUGAGAGCCUGGCCAUGAUUUGAGGGGAAACUGCUCCAUGCAGUCUCAGCCUGUGAGUGCCAGGGAGCUGGCCAGGGACUUUCGGCGAGACCAGAAAUCCAGACACUGCCAGCAAUUCUCUUGCCUUGAACAUAUCCAGAAGCCAAGUGGCCUCCCACAGUGCGUUGUGUGUGGGUGUUUGGCUGACUGGGGCCCUGACCCCAGCUUUCCUUCACAUGAGUCACGCAGACAGCAUUACAAACUUACUUCCCACACUUCCAUGGUAUCAUCACCAGCGGCUUUUUUACAGGAAAGAAGAAACAGCUACUUCCCCCAUACCAAAGAGAUCUUCAUGCAGGGGCAGGGAGGCCCUGAACAGGAUGGGAGGUGGUGGGAUCCAACUGACUCCCCAGUCAGCUCAAUACAUGAGGGGACUCGGUGUGCCUUUCCUGGGUCUGUGGUGGUGAGAGGAAGACAAUCGCCUUUGAGGAGGCACAUGCCAUUCCCUGCAGUGAAGGGGCUGGCAUCUGUCCUCAGAGAUGGCCCAUUUCUGUUCUGUUAGGGGAAGGCCUCUCUGAGGACCAGAGACAAUACAAGAGGACAAGUUGGCCAGUUCCUUCUCUGCUGAGAUACCAAAUUCCUUUGGACCAGCCAGGCCUGUUUUUGUUUGAUGUUGAGAAACUGCAACCCGUCCCUGCCUGGCUAGCCCAAGCAGUGGGGACAUAAUGACUGGUAAACAAGGAAUCAGGUCUAUCCAGAUGGAUUGAAGGUGGCCAGACAGUUAGACCCAAAAAGUACAGAUGCCUUAAUUUUUCUUCCUGAAGAUGUGUGGGUUUCUUACUAUCGUUAUUUUUAAUAUACAAUAUCAGAGCAGUCUGAGCAGAUCCCAAGUGCCUAUGGCAAAGGUGGAAUCACUUGCUGUUGUGGUUCUUAGAUGGAUUUCUACCCUAUGGAUCAAGCCGUGAGGGUUUAUCCUGGCUGGUUGCUUUGUGAACGUUAAAUGAGCAUCAUAGAGAAAGCUGUCCUUGUAAAGAGCCCGUCAAGGGUAUCAGCCAUUCUGGAGCCAGGGUGGAGGCAGCACUUUAAUUCUAGGGGCCCUGUUUCCAAGGGCUCUGACUUCUCAGGAAAACCCUCCUUGUCCUGCCAUGCUUCCUGUGUGUUCUCAGCCCAAAGAGAAUCAUCAGACCAAGUUUAAUCUUCCAUGAGGCCUUCCCUGAAUUCUUGCCACAAUCCUCCUCUACCUCCCUCUGCACGUAUCAGAAUAUCCUUUUCAUGUUACAGUAGUGCCCGGAGGCCCUGCUGUGCUAGAUGUUAUGUGUGCACUUUGGAGAGUUGGCAGGGAUUUGGCCAGUUCUGACACUACACGUCACAUGUCGAGUCCUCGGAGGAAAGGACAAUUCUACCCUUCUGCAUUGUUGCAUGGUUGAAUGUGUCAGUCGUGGUUCUGCACAGUAUUACGGAGGAGUGCUCUUUGCAGUUGUUAGACAAUUCAGCCUCUCUGUCCACCUCCCUGGGAUAAGAUCAGUUAUUACCCUUCCCACAUCACAGGUGAGGGAAACUGAGGCAUAACAAGGUAUAGUAUCCACCCCAACACAACGUAGGAAGUCCUAGGCAGGCCCAGCCACGACUCUCAGCACGAGACCCUCUGUCUUAUCUUGCCUGUCACCAAAUGUGCCUUUGACCCAUUUUUGGAAAUGGUCUGUUCAGGCGUGCUGUGGCUGUGACUAGAAAUUGCACCGUGUGCACACAGUGGUGCUUCUCCACUUCAUUGAUUUGCAGCCCAGGGCUAUCUUGCUCUUCCCAGGUAGGACAGACUAACUCAGGACACGAAUAAAGCCAGCCAGAGCUACCAAAUAUGUCAGUGGUCGCCCUAGACUGAUCCUUGCACAGGUUUCCUGGGACACAGGAGGAGAAUCCAGUUGGACCAGCCUCAGCUGUGUGUGUGAAUAGACAGGAUGAAGUGUAUUUCUCUUCUCCCCACCCUUGACAGGGGCUUUUGCCCCUGCGGUUGUGUGUUCACUUGGCUGCGUUUCCCUAUUUGUCCACCUAUCACAUGGAUUGGUUUGCAAAUGUGCCAGUGCUCACAGUGGAGAAAUUAUAUAUGUAUGUAAAGAAUCUAUAUAGAGAGAGACAUAAAUUUGCAAUAAUAAAGUUAAAAGUCAGCCAA